AUGCUCAAUGUCUCGUUGGCACCUGUUGAAGUCAAGAAGCCAAGUCUACCUCUUUUGUCACAACCAAUCAACCUUUCAGAUAUUUUUCCGAAUAGAUCAAAACUAUUUGUUGGAUUCUCUGCUGCAACAGGGAACGCUGUGAGUGAUCACUAUAUUCUUUGGUGGAGUUUCAGAACAAGGAAAGGAGAAUCAUCACUGAAGCGACUUGAAAUCUCAAAACUUCCUCAAGUUCCUUGUCCUAAACCUCUUCCUACAGUUCAUCCUAAAGCUCGGCAUAAGAUGCUACCUACAUGGAUUUAUUGCUCUGGAGUUUAUUUCCACAGGAGGAAGAAGUUUUCAGAAGUUUCUGAAACAUGGGAAAAGGAGUUUGAUGCACAUCGGUUCUCUUACAAGUCUUUAUACAAAGCAACAAAAGGGUUUAGUAAAGAUGAGUUUCUAGGAAAAGGAGGUUUUGACAUGGAGCCACUGAGAACUUAUUACAUGCAAUCUGAAGAGCAUGAAUCCAACAACCAGCCUGUUGUGUAUAUUGGGGUUGAUAAUACACUUGCUGCAGUUAUCCGCUUUGAAGAUAAAAUCAGGGAAGAUGCUGCACAAGUCAUUGAGAAUUUGACUCGGCAGGGAAUUGAUGUGUACAUGUUGUCUGGUGACAAGAAGAGUGCUGCGAACUAUGUAGCCUCUGUUGUUGGUAUUCCUCAAGAAAGGGUAUGUUCUUCUCUUCCUGCUAUCCCCUUAACUCCGUAA